AUGGAUACUGUGUCUAAGAAGGAUGGUGUUAAUGGGUGUGUGAACAAGCCUUUGGCUGUGGCUAUGGCUUCUUUGCAAAUGGAUUGUAAAAAGGUUGAAGAUCAUGUAAAUGGAAAAAAUGAUAGUGAUUCGAAUUCUUUGUCGACACUCCCCAGAAAAGGAGGAAUGUCACGGAAAUUGAAUAAGAAUAAGACAAGUAAGAGAGUGCAAUGGAACGAUAUGAUUGGAAACAAGCUUGUUGAAGUGGUGGAAUAUGAACCAAGUGAUGAUAGUGACUCGGAGGAUGACGAUUCUUGUAUCUGCUCAUUAAUGUAG